GUUUUUGAAUAAUACAUUAAUAAAUGUCAUCGGCGUUAUCUUCAAACAGCUGAUUAGACAGAGGCGACCUCAGGUCGCCUCUCGUCCGUAAAGAAGCAAACCCAAAAAAAAUUAACGAUGGAUGAGAUGUUGAAGUACUGUGGGGAUUUCGGGUUGUGGCAACUGAGACAUCUUGUGUUAACCAGCUUGGCUUGGUCUCUAGAGGGGAUUCACUCUAUGGUCUUGAUCUUAGCGGAUCGUGAACCAGCAUGGUACUAUAUGACGAGCCACGCUGGUACAACGAGCCGGUGUUCUUCAGAACCGGGCUCGUGGGAACGGACAGGUGGAACGGGAAGUUCUAACAUCGAAUUCGGAUUAAUAUGUGGAGAAAAGUAUAAGGUUGGGCUUGUUCAAUCUAUAUUUUUUGCUGGCUGCAUGAUUGGUAUUGUCUCUGCCAUGGGCGGCCAUUCGCUCUUUUUAAUCCCCUCUUAUUGGCAUGCAGCCUCAAGGGAGAAUUGAACCCGUGACCUAUGGCUCCUUUACAUCCCUCCCAAGAAGAUCGCCUCUUACCAAUUGAGCUGCAGAUCGCCUUUAUAAUUAAUUACUUUUAUUAUAAAAGUGAAUUAUUUAAUUUAUUAUAAAUAAACAUAAUUAAUGAAAGAACAUUUACAAUAAAGACUCUUGGUAUUAUAAUUUA